AUGUACGCACCUGGUCAUCGGGAGAUGGCUGAUCCCACGAAGCAAAUCCGCAUCCGGUUCACCUUCUUGGAGUUUGCCCGUGAGACGGACGACGACGAUCCUAAGAAGAGGUCGCGGAGUUUGCCCAGGUCAUUCCAGCCAACCUACGUCCAGCAAGCUGAGCUCCAGCCGGCCGAAGAUCUAACACCCGAGCCCGCAUCGUCAGGGGGAGAUGGCGGCAUGUGGUCCAGCAUGGGGAGCAGGGGGCAUCCCUACAUCUGCCAUCGACCCUGCGUGCGCUGGAGCAAAGGCCACUGCACAGCCGGCACGGAUUGCGAGUUCUGCCACCUCGCGCAUCGUGCAGAGCGAAAGCUCUGCCGAAAGGAUCGCAAGGCCCUCCAGUCGAUGCCCCUCCUCGACCUCCUGCGAGUCACGUGGCGCCUCCUAGAGGAGCAUGGUCGCAGGGUGAGGUGGGCAGACAUGGAAGGCGUCCAGCCGAUCUUUGACGUGCUAACACAGGAGUUUGAGUUUGCCCGUGGUGCUGCCAGACCCGUCGAACAGUAUCGCAGGUCAGAUGAGGAGCUACUGCACCUGCAACGUCGACUUCGGCACACCAGUAUGAACUUCCGGUCAUUGCUGGUUUCUGUGGCGCAGCGGUGUCGACCU